AUGUUUACAAUUGCUCCUCGUGGAGCUACCGCCCAACCACCAGUCAAGAUCGGCAUGACCCUACAUUGCUCGCCGACAAUGAAGCCAGCCAAAGCUAUUGCGGAGGUCGUGAAGUUGCUGAACCAGGAGUGGUUCCGCGAAGCGCCAACAUGGAUUCACGUGCUACCAGUUGCUGUCUCUAUUCUCCUCAUCUUGAUCAAUCUGAAGCCGACAUUUUGGUAUGAUUACAUGAAGUCCCAGGAUGACUCGGAUACAACAGUCGUGACCUGGCUGCCGCAGCUACCGUUCGACACUAAGUCGACAUUUCAGAUCGCGGCGAAAGCCUACGAAUUGUUAGUUAUCGCAUCGCUCAGCGAGCUUACCCUAAGCCUGCUGAGGAGGCAACUUCUCAAGGCCCGACUCCCCAUGGGUCUGCUGAUGGCUGGCUACCGUGUUGGAAGUCUUCCUUACAUCUUCAGCAGCCAGUUUUUUACCGGAGCUUUGCGGAAGGCGCAUGAGCCGAGUGUUUCUUGCCCGGUUACUGUCGGCCAGGAGUCAAACUCCCGUUCCAUGCGCACCUCUAGGUGGUUCCGCGUUUUCCUAGGUUUCAUUGUCCUUCUCAAUACUUCUCUUGCCUUGCUAUCGGGUCCCGCGUCUGCGAUCUUGAUCGUUCCUGAUGAGGGGUGGUUUCCUUAUCCAAACGCUUUCCAGGGAUUCAAGCAACCUUUCUACUUCGGACUCCCCGCGGAUGUGACAUGGCCGGCUUUUCUCGACACCCGGGAGAUGGAGAUCCUCAGCAGACUUGACGGCUGCCAACUCAGUGACGGCUGGCUUUCCUACUGGUGUCCGACGGCUUCCUUUCCCGACCUAUCCAACUGGGUCGCGAGUUGGCUUAGCCAUGGCACGGCUUUUGAGACGAAGAUACCCAAGAUCGAUGCCCUAAUCAAGCCAAACAGUCCCUCAGCGUCGUCGAGAUCAAGGAAAGCAUACAUGUCGCACCAGCUAACCCUGAGCACCGAUGGGAACCGCACAGUGAGCACUAUGGUGUCUCUCGUAUCUUUUCUUACCAUGGCCCGCUUGCUUGACCCCGAGCUUGCCAUCGGAAUUCACCACAGGAACCAACGAAUCGAUCGCCCUGCCUUUCAUGUAGUCGAGCCCGAUAUAGCAAACGACGACGGCUCCAGAACGGCUGUCCACGUGUGGUUUGCUUUUCCUUUUGCAACGGCUUACAGGAGCCAGUUCCGGACGGCCGUGUUUCCCUGCACUAUCGUGGCACAUUGGGCUCCUUCCUCUCUGGAGUUCACCUGGUCUGACGCCGAGCUCAGAAGCAAUGUUAGCAGCUGGAUCUCAGAAACAGGCAAGACCAGAAAGAUUAUCGAAGACCUCAAGGAAAAGGAUGCCAAGGCCACUACGAUCAAGUUCGACAAAAUGUUUCUCGACUUGAUCCUUCCCAAUAUGACACUCGAAAUCGCAGAUGAUACCGCCUUCGGGCAGAGGCAUCCGCUGUUAAUGGCAAUGGAAUUACCCGUGAUAGUUCGGGACAUGCCCAGUGGGCUGAUGUACGACCUGCGGGAGAACACCGGCUGGGGCCCCGUGGUCAACCAGAUGAGGUUCAACUUCGAGCACAUUCUCGCCGCCAUCGUCACCACGGCUCUUGCACGCCUCAACUCGCUGUCGGAAAACACGUUUGUGCAGGACUGGAAUGCGACGACGCUGUCGUUGAUCGAGAUGGACUCGCCCUCCUACUCCGAACAUUUCACGGCCGAUGAUAACCGGAGGCUGUCCCGGACCCAUCCGCUGCAAUUUAUUUGGGAGCCGGGUAACGUUACGUUUCUCUACAACGGCAGCACGGAGGGAGCGCCCUCGGACAGAUAUGAGUGGGGUUUGUAUAGGGACGGGUUCCAGAGCCCGUCAGAGUAUUUGGACAUGCUAGAGUCGUACACCAAGUUUGAGUUCGAGGCUGAGCGCUACGGGUUUGGUACCGGGUUGAGGGGAAAUAGCCGGUACUUUGCUUUCACGGUUGUCUUCGUUUAUUUGGUCAUUAUUCUUUUGUACUCUAUGUACAUUACCUUUUCGCCUCUGUUCUUAAAGGAGCCGGUGCCCACAAUCCGGGCGUGGGGGGAUCUGGGAGAGCUUUUCUUGCUGGCUUGGAACUCGAAGCCUACUGAAGAUGAGAGGUUGGGUAGGUCGGGGAUUAAAAUGGAAUCGAGCAAAGACUGGGCCGUGGAAGUGGGCAUCAGGGCGGAUGAGGAGGGACGGGUGCGAUUGGCUACCGUAUGUGAUGGGGGGGAGCUGCUGAAGAAGGAAGUACGGUAUCGUUGA